UGUAUUUCUCUUCUAGUUUCUUAAAUCAUGAUUAUAAUAGGUAGGUACAUAGGUGGUUAAUAUGAUGUGAUUAUAAUAACUAUAGAUUAUUAUAGCUUAUAGGUAAUGAUCAUUUCUAUUGUGAAGUUCACGCGUGUGAAGGUUUAGUUAUUUUUUUCUCCGAUCUGGAAUAAUAUUGUUUUCGUGAGCUUUUAUUAUAAUUAAAAUAUAUACUAUUAUUAUACUAAAAUUAUAUAGUUAGAAAACCAAAGUAACUACUUGACGUUGACAUAUUUAUCACCAUUCACCAUUUAUAAUUGAUUCUAAACGGAGUGAUGAAUGUAUUUUUGAAUUUAUAAUAUCUUCAAAUACACAAUAUAUUUUUGAAGAGUAAUAAAUGCCGCCUCCUCGUGGUACUCUCUGGGCGAAAACUAAAAAGGGAAAGAAGUUAUGAAAUAUUUGGGCGAAAAGCGAAGGGCCAUCCUUUUUGCACUGUGAUGGUGUGCGGUAUGUGCGUUCAACCAAAGGCAACCGCUGACAAUUUAUACCAUAAUUUCCUACGAUUAACCUUAUAAAGUCUUAAUAUAUUAAAGUAUACAUGAUGGCUAAUCAAAAUUCAAAAACAGACGAAAAAUACUUAUUGAAAAAUGGCCGUGUCUUACUAAAAGAAAUGUUCGACGGAUUGGCUUACACUUAUCCAGUAUUUGAUGUAUAUCCAGAGAGUAGAAUAGUUGGAUUAAAAUUGAAAUCAGAAAAACGAGUUUGUUUACUUGGUGGCGGUGGAUCUGGACAUGAACCAUAUCCAUUUGGAUAUAUUGGUGAUGGGAUGUUAUCCGCGUCCGUAAGUGGUUACGUGUUUACUUGUUGUUCAUCUCUCAAUAUUUACCAGGCAAUCAAAUAUUUAAAUAAUUACAAUUGUAAUGGAGGCGUUUUACUUAUUGUGGCGAAUUAUACUGGUGACGUAUUUAAUUUUGGAUUGGCCUGUGAAAAAGCGAAAAAAAUCGACAAUAUUGAUGUGGCCGAGUUAAUAGUGAGUGAUGAUUGUUCAAGACCAGGUGGAAAAGUAGGCAGAAGAGGAAUGUGUGGUUUAUUGUAUGUUAUAAAGAUAUUGGGUGCACUGGCUAAACGUGGUAGUAGUAUUGAUGAUUUAUUGUGUCUGGGUAAAAACAUCAACGAUAAGCUUGCAUCACUUGGAAUAAGUGCAACUUCAUGUAAUGUACCAGGUGAAGAUCCAUCAUUUUUACUUCAACGAGGAGAAUUUGAAUUUGGAGUCGGAUUGCACGGGGAAGCAGGGACUUCAAGAAUUAAAGCAUGUGAUGUGAAAGAUUUAAUCCGUUUAGCAGUAGAUAAAAUAUGUAGUACCCUAUGCUUGAAAGAAUUCAGCAUAAUUUGUUUGAUUGUGAAUAAUCUUGGAUUAGUAUCACACAUAGAGUUAGGUGCAUUGGCUAAAUACACUAAAGAAUAUUUCGAUGAACUUAAAAUAGAGGUUAGCCGUAUGUUUGUGGGAACAUUUAUUGUGUCUCUAAAUAUGUAUGGAUUUCAAUUAAGUGUUAUUGAUGUGAGUGCCAAUCGAGAAUGGAUUAAUUAUAUAGAUGAAGAAACAUCAGCUUUUGCUUGGCCGGGAAAUAAUAUGAGCAUCAAAACAAUCGAACAACAAAAAUCAGAAAAUAUAAAAAUUCCAAAUAUUGAUGAUAUAAAUCCUAAAUUAGGUGUAUGUAUAUCAGAAAAAGCAAGUUUAAUACUGAAAAAUAUAUUGAAACAAAUUGGAGAGGAUCUAUUGAAAAAUGUUGAGGUCUUAAACAAAUUGGAUCAGGAAAUCGGAGAUGGUGACAAUGGUUCAACUAUUUCACGGUUUGCAUCAGAGUUGCUUACCGUUCUAAAGAAUCUUCCAUUAAACUAUCCAGCCAGUGUUUUGUAUUCUUUGGCAUUCAUCUGUGAAGACAAAAUGGGUGGUGCUUCUGGGGCUCUUUAUAGUUUGUUGUUGACUGGAGCUGCUGGGCAUUUAGCUUCAAUGAACUACUUAGACUGGACUGGAGCUUUGAAAAAUGCACUAGAUACAGCUAUGAAAUAUUCAAGUGCAAGAAAAGGAGAUAAAACCAUGUUUGAUCCAAUAAUUGCGGUAUACCAAGUGUUCCAAGAAUAUGGAGACAUAAGUGCUAAAGAAUAUAAAACAGUUUUAGAAAAAGCAUUACAGCGUGUACAUGAUGUUUGCGAUGAUGUAAAACAAAUGAAAGCUGAAUUUGGCAAAGCUUCAUAUGUAGAAAGUGUUACUUCAGUUGGUAAAAUGGAUGCUGGAGCUUACGGUGUAGCUUUAUGGUUUAACGCCAUAUAUACCGCUUAUAUCAAUACAUCAAAAUAAAUAUUAUUUCAUAAUAAUCAUAAGUUUGAGUAGUUUUUGUAAUAUAUUAGAUUAUUUAAUGUUAUUUACUAUUAUAUUUAAAUUUAUACAAAAUAAUAUUUAAGUAAAAUAAAUAAUAAAAAUGCAAAAUUUCA